CCUCUCCAGGCGCUCCGCGAUGGGAAGCGGCGGCUCCUCGGGGCGCGGGGCCCCCGUGGCGGCCGCCGAGGGCCCCGACGGCACCGAGCAGCGGCUGGAGGUGCGGGGCCGGCAGGUGCCGGCCGCGCUGUGGGCCGAGCCGGGGCUGCGGAAGCUCUACCUGAGCGACGCGGGGCUGCGGGAGAUCCCGGAGGAGCUCGGGGAGCUGCGGCACCUCCGCACCCUCGCCCUGGACGGCAACGAGCUGAUGGAGGUGCCCGAGGCCGUGUGCGACCUGCCCCGCCUGGCUCACCUGUACCUGGGCCGCAACGGGCUCCAGGGGCUGCCUCCCGCCUUCUCCCAGCUCCAGAGCCUGCGCUGCCUCUGGAUGGAGGGGAAUUUCCUGGCGCGCUUCCCCCGCGCCCUCCUGCACCUUCCCGAGCUCCGCAGCCUCCAGCUGGGGGACAACCGGCUGUCCCAGCUCCCCGCGGGGCUGCCCCGCAUGGCGGGACUGCGCGGGCUCUGGCUCUACGGGAACCGCUUCCAGGAAUUCCCGCCCGUGCUGCUGCGCAUGGAGGGCAUCCGCGUCCUCGACCUGGAUCGCAACCGCGUCUCCCGCUUCCCGGACCUCACCGGCCUGGCCGCCCUGCGCCUCCUCUCCUACGACCACAACCCCGCCCGGCAGCCGCCGCGGGUCGGGGAUGAGGUCCGGCUGGUGGGGGACGGGGCGCAGGAAUACAUGGAAGCGCGGCAGGAGCGGCUGCGGAGCCUCCAGCGCCCGCAGGAGGAGGGGGAGGAGGAAGGAGCCGAGGCCGCUCCGGUGCCCGCCGAGGAUGGCCCGCAGGACGGGGAAGGGGAAUUUGAGGCCCUGACGGGCUCCCAGGAGGAAACGUGAAGGAUGCGGGGCCUCCACCUGCCUCCCAAGGAAUUCCCAGCUCAGACUGGGAAAGCAGGAGGCUCACAGCCUCCACAUGGAAAACCGACAGUCCGAGGAUCGGCAUCUCCCAGCUGGGACAGCAAGGAGCUGCCUCCUGGAUCCACAGGGCUCACCGAUCGCUGUCGGGAUCCACGAGCCCACCAGGGAGCAUCCCAGGGUGUCUUGGAUUUGGGAUACAGCCCGCUGCCCUGAGGGGUGACUCCACAGACCCUCCUGCCCAGUCCCAGUGUCCCCACGAGCACAGGGACAUUCCCACCUGGCCACUUCCGAAAAUCCUUUAAUCCCGUCUCUGUGGGCAGCGGAGGGAAAAGCAGUGCUGGUUGUAUCCAUUCCACAUGGAUCCUGGCAUCCUGAAGAGCUGCAGGGUUUGGGAAUGAAGGCACAGACCCCUUCUCACCUCCCAAAUCCCCAUCCUGCUGCUGGAAUUGGGCUGGGGAAGAGAAUUUCCCACCGGGCUCCUCCUUGCCAUCAGGUUUGGGAAGGAGCUGAUGGAAAUUCCACCUGCCUCUCUCCAACCUGGAAAGGGCUUUCCCUCUAUGGCAAGAGGAGACUUUCCAAAACAGGCACCAAAUCCAGGGCUCUGCUGC